AGCGUCUGUGUUUGUGCUUCACUGGGGUAUGUGCUCUCUGCUUUUCUGCUGUUGCUUUUACAAAGCCUUCAUUAAUGCUUUAGGCCAUGACCCAUAUGAACUCAAAAUGGCUCCUUGAAGGUGGGUAUGAAUGGCUUGUCUUGCAUUUUCAUCUGACAGCGACUGAACGCUAAACUUUGAUGUCUUGGACAAACUACGACUUCUGCUUGGGCUGCCAUGGAUUCUGUUCUCUCCAGGUGAAUAUCUCUGAGCAAAUCCCCCCAGAAGGGCUUGUUAAAGCCUGCGGACAUGUGAUUGCCCCCGGACUAUGUCCACAGGAAGUACAGGGAACCAGAGAUAUGUUAGAUGGCACCGGGAAGACAGCGGCGAGGACUAUACAAAAACUGAAGUCUAUGCCAACGAUGACCAGGGCCAGCAACGCCGGCUGACCCCUUUUGAGAAACUUACUCAGGAUAUGUCCCAGCAUCAGAAGGUGGUGAAAGAAUUAACUCUAGGGAAGAGGAUUGGGUUUUACCGUAUCAGAGGGGAAAUAGGGACUGGGAAUUUCUCUCAGGUGAAGCUUGGGAUCCAUUCUCUCAUCAAAGAAAAAGUAGCUAUCAAAAUUCUGGACAAGACAAAAUUAGACCCGAAGACUCAGCGAUUGCUGUCCCGUGAGAUUUCAAGCAUGGAGAAGCUGCACCACCCAAACAUCAUCCGGCUUUAUGAGGUGAUGGAGACUUUGACUAAAGUACAUCUGGUGAUGGAAUAUGCCAGUGGUGGAGAACUCUUUGCUAAGAUCACAACAGAAGGGAAGUUGCCUGAAUUAGACAGCAAGCUUAUCUUCUCUCAGGUCGCAUCUGCUGUGAAACACAUGCAUGAGAACAACAUCAUCCACCGGGACCUCAAAGCCGAAAACGUGUUUUACACCAGUAACACUUGUGUGAAAGUGGGAGAUUUUGGAUUCAGCACUGUGAGCAAAAAGGGGGAAAUGCUAGACACUUUCUGCGGCUCCCCGCCUUAUGCUGCCCCCGAGCUCUUCAGGGAUCAAAGCUACAUGGGUGUUUAUGUGGAUAUCUGGGCUCUAGGAAUCCUUCUGUAUUUUAUGACAACUGGCACAAUGCCCUUCCGAGCAGACACUGUGGCCAAACUGAAAAAGUGCAUUCUUGAGGGAACAUACGUCUUUCCACCAUUCCUGUCAGAACCUUGCCGGAAGCUGAUCCGGGGGAUUCUUCAUCCUGUUGCACCGGAACGCUAUUCCAUUGAGCAUAUUAUGAACAGUGAAUGGAUGAGGGGUGUACAACAUCCAAGGCCCUUGGAGCCGUUUAGACUAGACCCACAGUACUUGGCAGAGAGCGGAGUGCUCCGAGAGGAAGAAGCAGAGGUGAAAAACGUCCUGCACAAGCUGGGAAUCACGGAAGAGCACAUUCGGAAUAACCGCGGGAGAGACUCUCAUAGUGCAAUCACGGGGAUCUACAGGAUUAUUUUGCACCGAGUACAGAAGAAAAGGGCUAUGGAGACUGUCCCUAUUAUUACAGUACCCGAGCCCAGAGACCCAGAGAUAAGGAAAGGUCCUAUUACGUGUCGGGGCCUCAGGCAUUCAUCAAAACUCUGUUUGAUUUUAUAAACCCCAGAGCCAGCCUGGCAUUCAGCACACUUUCUGGAGUCCUUUCUUUGGUCCUACUUUUUUUUUGGGGGGGGGGGGGAGGGUUUUUUUUUUGUAAAUUUGAAAUGAAGUAAAAAAGAUGCCUUAUGAAUUAAAAA